AUGGCCGCCUCCUCCGCGCGGCCCGCCGGCGUGCUCACGCCGGCGCUGGCGCUGCUCCUGCCGCUGUGCGUGGGCCCAGGUGGCAUAAGUGGAAGCAACCUCAAGCCGAUGCUUCAGAAAGGGGAAGCCCCUGCUCCCCCUACGACCCCGGUGGCCGUCCCGGAGAGCAGAGCCAAGGAGUUCCUAGCAGCACUUCCCGAUGACAUCACCUAUUGGCUAAACAGAGGGCGGAAUGGACACGACUACUACGAUUACCACCGGCGCCACGACGAUGAGGACGCUGCGAUCGGUCCCCGGAGCCCCCAUGGCUUCAGGCACGGAGCCAGCGUCAACUACCACGACUACUGA